AUGCUCGCUUUCUCUCAUGUAACCAAACGAAUCUGGCUCUCUCGUACCUGUAUUUCUCGGAGUGCAUGCCUUCACUCUAUUCACGCAUUUGCACCGACCAAGACGCUGUCGACUGGACUUUUCCGAGAUCGACCUAUCCAUCAAGUCGUCCGCUGCAUCUCAUGGCGAAACAAACCUUUUCGGGGGAUAGAAUAUGAUGGAAUGCCCGCAGACAUCCAUGAGGAAGCAACUCGGGCGGCCAUAUUAGAAAAAGUCAUGAAAGGACGCAAUCCACCAGACCUCAUGCUUCGCUGCACUGUCCUUGAUGCAGAGGGCAAUGUCAAGACGAUUUCCGGGCAAUUCAAAAAGUCGGACCUGUGCAACGAGCAUAAACUGAAUCCUCGGGACCUCCGCAAGAUUGAUUCAAGGGUACCUAACCUCGUCCCGACCGUCCUCGUCCGCAAGGAAGCUUUUCUUAUUAACAUUUUACACAUUCGAGCCCUUGUCAAGGCAGACAGUGUAAUCAUAUUCGAUUCUUUUGGGUCGGUUGACUCCCGUCUCCACUCUGUGUUCCUAUAUCAUCUUGAGCACAAUCUGAAACUGAAAGGGUCGGGAAUGCCUUAUGAAUUCAGGGCUUUGGAGUCAAUACUCCUUUCAGUAUUGAGCGCACUUGAGGCGGAGAUGGUGUUCAUUCGCAAUCUUGUCGGUGGCUUACUGGCUGAACUGGAGGACAACAUUGAUCACGAUCGCUUUAAACGCCUCUUGCACUAUUCGCGGCGCCUUGCUAGCUUUCAAAAUAGGGCCAAGUUGGUGGAGGAAGCGCUCGAAGAAGUUUUAGGGCAAGACGACGAUCUGAACGCGAUGUAUCUCACGGACAAACACAAUGAGGUCAUCCGAGAGCUGGAGGAUCAUGAAGAUCUCGAGGUUUUACUCGAAUCAUUCUCCAAGCAAGUUGAAGAAAUAGUCAACGAGGCUGAAAACAUCGCUACCAACGUACAAUCUACCCAAGAGAUUGUCGAGCUAAUUCUAGACUCCAAUCGCAAUGCGCUCUUAUCUCUUGACCUCAAGGUCUCCAUAUUGACAAUGGGCAUCGGGUCAGGCGCAUUACUGACCGGACUAUUUGGAAUGAAUUUGACUAGUCACCUUGAGGCGCAUGAGUGGGCCUUCUAUGGAAUGACGGGGUUCGCGAUGGGUUUGGCAUCGACAGUCGCUUUGAUCGGUCUACGCAGGUAUGUCGCCAAUCUCAUUCGACCUUCGAUUUGGGUUUCUGAACCAUGCGCUACCUUGAAGGCUCGCCAAAAUACGCAAGGUCGGGCUCUCAAGGUCGAACAACAACGCGAGCUCCCGGCGUCGGCCGUGGCUGAUACCGUUGCCUCUGCGUCAACGGAAUCCAGAUGGAUGGACAUAAUUACCAUCAUUAGUCGUCCAACCUUAGAGUAUAUAAAAAAUCUACAUUAG